UUGAUUUAGUCUUUCACGACGCGUGCAACGUAACGGAACGUCAGUCACGGACGCCCACAAAAAAAAAACAUACGAACGCUCUGUGUGUAUUAUCAGUCAGUCAGUCGGUCAGUAUCAGACGCUGCUAUCCAAAUUUACAGUUAGCUUCGGCUCCGCUUCGUGCUUCUCCACAUCGUAAUGCUGUGCAGUGGGUGUUGUACUUGUGUGCGUGUGCUUGUGUGUGUGACCGUUUGACGGUUUGAUUUGAAUUUCGAGAAAUAUUAAUCAAAGAUGCUGCCGAUCGGAAAAGCGCAACAAAAGGGAAACGAGAAGCGCGUGUAAUCGAAAUCGAAAUCGUAUUCAAAAUAACCAAAUGAAGAGCGCAUUUGUUGAUAAAUGAACUGAGAUUAAAACGAGACAAAAUCGUUCCACAAAUUUGUUAGCAUUCGUGUAAAUUGGUGUAACCCCAUCUCACUCGCACACCCGCGUGUGCUUGUGCUUCUUUGUGUAUGUGUGUGUGUGUGUGAGUGUGUCUAUAUGAUUGUGUGCCUAACAAUUAAUUAGCAUUUAAAUCGCUCAUUUAUCAGUUUCGGCCUAAUCAAAAGCCAAACAGAAAAACCGAAGAAAAACCGAAAACCGAACAACAUUCUACACUCUUCUUCUUCGCCGCCCUCUGAAAUUGGAAGCGUAGGAAAAAAGGGUUACGGAUUGAGCGUGACUUUUGUAUGAAUCAAACGAGCACAAUUAUAACUUCAAUGAGCAAAAUGUUUGCCUGCUUCCAUUUAUUCGUCGUAUUUCUCCUCAUUGGGAUAUUGAAAGAUUUCACAGCCGGACUGCGUUUGGUCGAGGUACGCAUACCAAAUUACGUGAUUAAGGGCGCCACAGCGCAAUUGGAAUGCCUCUACGAUCUGGAUGGUGAGGCACUGUACUCGGUCAAAUGGUACAAGGACGGCAAUGAGUUUUAUCGCUAUGUGCCCAGGGAUAAUCCGCCGGCGCAAACGUUUCGUUUGCCAGGUGUUGCCGUUGAUUUGCACAACUCGAGCGACGCCAUUGUUAACCUGCACAACGUCAAUCUGCAGUCGGCGGGACGAUUCCGGUGCGAGGUUUCCGGCGAGGCGCCAUCUUUUCAAACGGUCACCGAGCAUGGCGAUAUGAUUGUAGUGUCUCUGCCGGAUCAGGGACCACCGAAAAUAAUGGGAGGACGUCCGCGCUAUCAAAUUGGCGACUGGGUGCGCAUCAACUGCACUGCCGGUCGAUCCAAGCCGGCUGUCAAUCUGACCUGGUUCAUCAAUGGGGAGCCUGCCGAUCCGCAAAAGCUGCGCAAAUACGACACUGUGGUAUCCGGCCGAGAAGGACUCGAGACCUCUGUGCUGGGACUGCAAUUUCGCGUGGAGCAGCAUCAUUUUCGUAAUGGCGACAUGAAAUUAAAGUGUGUGGCCGCGUUGUCCACCUUCUAUUGGCGCAGCAACGAGGAGUCCGUCGAAGGCGAUCGGCCUCAGAAGGCGCCGGUGCUCGAGUCACGUGAAAGUGACAGCGCCUUUGCCAGCAAUUCACGCGCCGAUCCGGUGCAAGCCAGCAAAACGGACUCGCUCCUAAAGGCCCGUGCACCGAGUGCGCUGUUGUUGCUCGCGUUGGCCACGGCUGCCACAUUCGCCGGCAGCGUCAGCGUCAGCGGCAGCGUCUGUUGGCCAACGUCAAUGCACAGCAAGGCCGGGGCCAAAUCGAUACGAGAUUCGAUGAAUAAUAAUGUUGUUGCUAAUGAGCCCAAAGAUAAAGAUAAGGACAAGCAAGCUAAGAAAAUGAAAGAUAAUAAAAAUCUUAAUAAAGAUAAACCAAUUUUAGUUGUUGAGCUGCUCAGGCAAAAGCUCAAGAGAUUCGUGCGGCAGCUGCGUUGCUCAGUUGCUACUGCUACGACGCAGCAGCAGCAGCAGGGGCAGCAGCAUCAGGGGCAGGGGCAGGGGCAGGGGCAAGUGUUGUUGUCUGCGCGGUAGCUGCAUUAAGUUACCCUCGCCCGCCUGCCAUGCAUUUUAGCCCCGCCCACAAAACAAAUUUCCACUGAAUUUCCGUCUUCGCUUCGCAGAAAUGAAAGUAAACAAAAAUAUGAAAAGUUGCAAAAAAAAAUGCACAAAAAAAUCAAAUAAAAAUUGAAAACUAAAGAAAAAACCGAUAAUUUAUUUAUUAUGUUAACAAAAGCUUUCUUGAAUUUAAUUUGUAUAAACAAAAACAUAACGAUAUGCAUAUAAUUAAUUAAACUUAAAGAACAGCAACUCUCACAUUGUGUAGAGAAACAAAUAUGUUUUUAGCUGCCACAAAAACAUCAACUUUAACA